AUGAUAGGAGCCGUCCAUAUUGGACUACUGGCGGCUUGUGUAGUUCUCUUCGUGCCGAUGGCUAUGGCGGGUUGGCAUUUGAGCCGCAACAAGAUGCUCUUCUUCAGCUGCGCCCUCUUCAUCACACUCGCCGUCGGCGUCCAUUUGAUGCCCUACUUCCCUUCAAUCUCCGACUUUCUCUCUCCUUCCCAGGUAAUUUCUCUCUCAUCUCCUUCCAAUCGCGAUUCCUGCGUUUCUUUCCUUCACAGCGUCGUGUACAGUGGUGGUGGUGUUAUUAAAGAGUGUGGAAUUGGUUGUGAGAAGCGGUUGGGGUGGGAUUGGGAUUGGGUCGGGUCGGGUCGGGUUGCGGGCUGUGAGUUUCAGAAGUUGAUGAGAUCGGACGCUUCGGAUUUGUUAAACGGGUCGUGGGUAGUUGUUGCUGGGGAUUCGCAGGCGAGGUUGAUGGCUGUUUCUUUGUUGGAGUUGGUUAUGGGGAAUGAGGCUAUGGAGAGGGUAAGAGGGGAUUUGUUUAAGAGGCACAGUGAUUAUUCGAUUACAGUGGACGAAAUCGGGAUGAAGUUGGAUUUCUUUUGGGCUCCGUACGUUGGGAAUUUGACGGAGUUGGUUUUGCAAUUGAGGAGAAGUAGGAAUAUUCCGGAUGUUAUGGUUGUUGGGGCAGGGUUGUGGGAUAUGCUGCACGUGAACAAUGCGUCUGAAUACGGUUCCGCGUUGCGAGUUUUGAGGGAUAAUAGUUUGACACUUUUGCCCGUUUCUUCGAAUUUGGAUGUUGGAAAUUCUAAACCCGCUGCCCGUUUCUUGCAUUUGUUUUGGGUCGGAAUGCCUAUGUUGAUAACGACAAUGUUGAACACUGAUGAGAAGAGAGAGAAAAUGACCACUGCGAUUUACGAUUCUUACGAAGAUGAACUUACUACUAGCAAGAUUUGGCGUGAAUCCGGUGGACCCUUUUUCAAGCUCGAUGUCCGCUUGUUGAGUGAGUUAUGCGGACCCCGUUGUACAUCAGAUGGAAUGCAUUACGAUGGAGUUGUUUACGAUGCCACUGUUCAGAUAAUGUUGAAUGCGUUGCUCAUUGAAUCUAAUCAGAAACUCGAGUGA